CAAUUUUUUGCCCUGCAGGUGCAGCCAGAAAGAACAUCAGCCAUCCGAUACAAGCGUGUACUUGCGUUCACACCUCGACGACAGUGGCACAGGAGAUAGCACAACAGCCCGACUGACGGCGAAGAGAGCAGACAUGACGGUGCUUGAGGCUGGCACAAGCGCGUCUGUGAUUGGCGCGCCGGAUCCAAAUUGCAGCAUCGACGGUAUUAUGCCCUCUUGCGGCACGCAACAAAUUUCUUCGGCAUCAUUGCUCCCCGCGUCCGUCCAGGAGUUCACUCGCAGAACGGCACUGCACCCAGAAGACUAUGCUGGCCUCCUCUCCCGAAUUGGUGGUCCCUCUCCCAGCGCCGCUGAGAACGAGCGCAUGCAAACGCAAGAACCGCUGAAGAGCAGUGCGAAGGCCGCAGUCAAAUGGUUCUUUGACCAAGGCACCGGAUCGGAGGCUGCAUCGCUCGAGCCGAUCCGCGCCUUUCUACAAGCCACGAAACCCGACUUUGACCGGAUAAGCAAGCGUGUCACACGAGCCUCUGCCGACAGCCACACCAAUGGAAAGAAGCGCAAGCGCGAUGCCUCUGACGGCGCUGGAUCAGUUGUCAACGGCGCGGACCCAUACUCAUUCUACGAAGCCACUCCGCUGACGGAGCUCUACCUUCCACCUGCACCUUCCGCCCCGGCUGCCGGAGAUGCAGCGCAACGCGAGCAGCGCGAUCGCUUGGAGGCGCUGCAGAUUUGGGAGCAGCUCGAGCUACGCCAUGCCAAGAUCGCCAAAGUCUGCGACGUCAUCAUCAGCGAGGCUAAUUUCGACGAUGAUGAGAACGAGGAUGACGAUGGCGAUGGGGCAGGCGAGAGUGAUCGUCUGCGCGCGGCCCGUGACGGCCAAGAUGAGGAUAUGGGGGACGGAAGCAACGAGGACGACGACGAGCCGACGGAGGAAGAGCUUGCGCAGCUCGAUGGCCUCACGGAUGCCGAGCUAAGGGCGAUUGGCUUCAAGCCCAAGGAAUUCCGGAAGCUGCGCGCCGCACAGCGCAGUCGUCAAGGCGGUGGUGUGUCCGUAAAUGAAAUGAUGGAAGGACAAGAUGACGAUGACGAAGAUGAGGAGGAUGACGACGCAGAUGCCUUCUCAGUUUCUGAAGAUGAGGAAUACAGCGACGACGAGCCCGACGAGGAGGGCUUCCCUGGCGCUUCGGACCUGAGCGACGAGGAGGAAGCGUCGCGGAUCAUCAUUGAGCCACUCAAGACCGAAGAGGAGCAGUUGAAAAAGAAGAACCUUCUUGCGUCAUCGCUGCUAGGGCUGGAAUACGAUGAUGAUGACGAAGUCGAAGACGAUGGCGAGGAGGAGGACAUUCAGGAGCAAGGAGGGGAUGCAGGCGACACCAGCCGACCCACCCCACAGGCAUCUCUCUUGGACCGUCUCGACGAGGACGCAUCAUCGCCCUCGCACGACGGCGGCCAAGCAGCAGGUGCAGGAAAGAAGCGUCAUCCCGUCCUCGACGACGACUUUUUCUCCAUCGACGACUUUAACCGACAGACGCUCUCGAACGAAUUCGGCACUGGGGCCUCCAGCCAGCAGGGCAGCGGCGCAAGCGCAAGUGGACGGCCAAAGGCCAGAGACGGCGAAGUCGACAAUGACUUUGAUUUUUUCCAAGACAUCGGCGCAUUGGCUGACGACGAGCUUGCAGACGAAGAUGCGAGCGAUGGUGCUGCUGAUAUUACCUAUGACCAGUUCUUUGCGCCUCCCAAGGGCAGCGCAUGUGCUGCCUCGUCCGCCGCCAUGGCCGACAAAAGGAAAGGAAAGGCAAAAGCCAGAGAACCGCUAUCGACAGCAGGCGGUUCAACGCGCGAAGGCGACGCGCUGCCCUCGUCUUCCUCGCGCAGGAUCCGCUUCCACGACCAAGUUCAGAUUCGGCAUAUCAAAAAGGCUCGCAGCGCACGCGACCCCGACGAUGGGAACGUCUUUGACCUUCUCAAGAAGCGCCUUGGUCAAGAAGACGAGGAGCGAGAAGAAGAAGAGGAAGAGGACAGUAGCGAUUCCUUUGAGGGAUUGAGUGAGCAAGAGUCUGGUGAGGAGGAAGAGGGCUCCGAGGAGAGCCAAGGAGACAGAUCAGAAGACGAAGAUGAGGAAAUGAGCAGUCUCGCGGACAUCGAAGACGAAGAGGAGGUGGAGUCACAAGCAUCAACCGAGGAUCCAGAAUCUUUCACUGCGCGACGUGUCGCCCACGACCUCUUCGCAGACGACGACGAAAACAAGCAAGACGCGGAGGCCACAUCAAUGUCGACCUAUGAGCGGCGACAGGCAGCUCUCGCCGCCGAGAUUGCAGAGCUCGAGCGUGAGAACGUCGACAAGAAAGAUUGGACAUUGAUCGGCGAGGCCGGCUCGCGCGCGCGUCCUGUCGACAGCCUCCUCCAGGAGGAUCUUGAGUUUGAGCAUACGGCCAAGGUCAAGCCGCAAGUCACCGAAGAGAUGACGUCUUCGCUGGAGGAUCUCAUUAAACGCCGCAUCCUCGAGAACAACUUUGACGACGUGCAGAAGCGUGUUCAGCUCUCUGCGACACCUUUCUUGCCUUCCAAGCUGCUGGAGUUGUCCGAUUCAAAGAACUCAAAGAGCUUGGCAGACCUUUACGAAGAUGAAUACAACGAAGCAAAAGGCCAAGCGGAGGGUGCACCAAAGCGACAGUCCGAGUCAGACGCCAAGCUCGAAAAGGAGCAUCGAGAGAUCGAAGGCCUGUUCAACGACGUGUUCAACAAGCUCGAUGCGCUCAGCAAUGCACACUUUACGCCGAAAGCGCCCAAAGCUACGAUCCAGAAUCUGUCGAAUGUUGCCGCCAUGUCAAUGGAAUCUGGUAUACCUUCCUCGGCCAACGGCGCGUCCAUGCUCGCUCCUGAGGAGGUGUACGAUCCACAAGCUGGCGGGCGUAUCAGCGCGUCCUUCGCAGGUGCCAAAGAGGAGAUGACGCCAGCGGAAAAGCAAAAAGCGCACAGCCGCAUUCGCAAGCAGAAGAAGAAGCGCAACGAGCGCAUCGAGCGUACCAGACAGGAGAUUGAAGCGGCACGCCAGAACGCAGGUAUGCGGCCUAAGCUGCCCAAGGGCAAGGGCGGCGACAGGCAGGAGAAGGCCGAUGCGCUCAAGAAGUUGAUCGGCAACAAGGGCGUCAGCGUCGUGGGCAAAGAUGGCAAGCGCACAGCACAGCAGGCAAUCCGUGGCCAAGUGAAAGAUCAAGGCGCACCCAGCGCAGCUGCCAGCGGAAGCACGCUGAAGUUGUAAUUAGAGAGCUCCUCAAGUGCAUGCUGCAUUAUGAUCG